UAUAUUAACACUAAGAUAAACUCUUAAAUACAAGUACAUGUAUCUAAUGUAUUUUUUUGGCAUUGUAGGAAUUGAGUAAGGUGCAACGUGAACGUUCCUCAAAAAUUCAAUCCAGACAUCGAAGUGGUCGGAGUGGGAUGGUGAACGUACGGGAAGCUGUGAAAAAGGACCUCGAAGUUGCAGAUCCUCCCCGCCACCGUGUUUGGAUUAAAUCUCGCACCAAGAGUAGAAAACUUGUCACUGAUUACGACAAGGAAAUUGCCGAGAAGAUAGCUCAAUUAGAGGAGAAGCUUAGUCAGGGACAAAUUCAGGUCCAGGGCCAAAACGAUAUCCUCACGCAGGCGCUCGGGACACCAGAGCAUCCUGGACGUGUCGUGGCCGCCGGGUAUGCUAUUACUUCAAAUGUUCCCGACCGUGGCAUCUCAACCGUUCUACAGGAAGAAAAGGGAAGUGCGUAUGUUCCACAACCAUACGCUCCUCAGGAUGAGGUACAACCACAAAUUUAUGCUGAGGAGUUCAUUUCCCUCAACGACCAAGGUAUCCUAUACAAUUUUGAUGACCAAGCGGCCCUUACUCAGCAAGUACAUCUCUGCUCUGACAACAUCGACAAUAUUGUGGCCCGAGGGUAUUUGUACGAGCAUGUGGGUGUGAUCAAAGUUCACUGCCAGGAUUACGAUGAUUCACAUGCUCGGAUCAUGGUUACGGAAAUCCUGCAAGAGGACGCUGAAAUCCCAGUCCCACUUGAAGAGUUCAGAUAUGUUAGGGACGUGUACCAGAUGUUCCUUCCUUGGCCUAAACACUUAAUUUUAACAACCGAGGGUCCACUCGCUCAACCGCCCUCAAGACGUGAUGCGUCAAAGGGGAAAGCUCCGAUGCUUUCUCCGCAAAGCCGUGGUGAUUCAUUGCACCGCGUACCCGCAUCAUUUUAUGCCGGAGAGGAUUUGCGCAGUUGCUACGUGUAA